AUACGCGGUGACCGGCAGUCAGCGGUAGGCGGCGUACGCGCCGACUGCGCGCUGCUGAAAAAUCUUGCCCUGCGCUAAAAUUAACCGCUUCUGUAUGUUUCUAAUCUGCAUUACGAAAAUAAGUGAUUAGUCUUUAAAGCUGUUUGUGAUUUUUUUGCAGCAACAUGAAUCCGCCAUCGGCCUUACACAGCGCUAUGAAUAGAGACCGUAAGCCCUUUACAUAUACACCAGGAGGAAUCGAUUUAUCUGAAAUCAAGUCGGAACGCAUGGCAAAGCGUCUAAUGAGAAAUGCUAUGGAUCAAGGUGUACCAGAAACACCGGCUCACUUAAUACAUUCACCGCCAACACCAUCUACACCAAUUCAAAAUUUUAAUUGCUUACCUGUUCAAGUUUUUCCUACAUUUGCGCUACCAUCAAAUCCAAAGUCUCUACUCAGAACAAGAAGUACCCCGGAUCCACCUGCGUAUCUAAACAACACUCAAGAUAAAAUAUUAGAAGCAAAUAAAAAACCGGAUUUGAAUAGUGUUGAUGCGAAAUGGAAACCUUAUGCAGAAACAAAACAAGCCACAGACAAUGUUCCAUUUAAUGAACCUAUAAAUUACGGAAGUAGUGGUCAUACUUUUCAAAGCUACCCAUACAAUCAAGAGAAUUCAUUAAAAAAAUCCAACCCAGAUUCUUUACAUUUAAAGUAUGAUUUAGAAGAACCAUACAACCAGAGCAUGCAGCCAAUAUUUCGUACAAUACCAGAACCGUCCCCUAACGUAGUAAUAGAUCUUAACAGCAAUAUUGCAACAAGCCUGAUGGAAGAGCAAAAUAACAAUAAGGAAGAAAUUGAGGUGGAACCAGCACCGCAAAAAUCCUUAACAGAAGACGUACCAAUAAAAGAAAAUGGUGACACAGAUACCGCUAUUACUGUGAAAUUACCUUCAAAAAAGUCGGAAGUGAAAUCUGAAACAAAAGUAGAGGUAUCAAAGAAAACUUUGCCGAAUGGGUCCGUGCAAGAAGUAAAGAAAACAAUUACCAAAACUACUAUUGAUGGGAAAACUGAAAUUAAAACUGAAACAGAGACAACAACCAUACCAAAACAGGAAGACGAUGAAGAGAUAGAGUAUGAAGUUGAAGAGGAAGAGGAAGAAGAAGAUGUUGUUGAAGAAGACGAAAAUGAUGAAAAAGUAGUUGAAAGUAAUUAUUUAGAAUCUAAGAAAAAUGUCGGAUGUGAAAGAAAUAGUACUGAUGAAGUUUAUAAAGAAAGUGUUGAAGAUACAUUUGAAAAAGACAAUAAGGAAGAAGAAUUAGAGCAGGAAAAGGGCAUAGAAAGCAAAGGUCUAAGCGAUACUUAUAAAACUGGGCAGGUAAUUACUCAAGAAGAAAAACACGAAUCAAGCACAACGAAAAGAGUCGUAAUUGUUCAUUCCGAGGAAGAUUUUGAUAAGCCUGAUAGCGAAUGUCAUAAUGAAAUCAAGGAUGUAUUGAAUUAUCAGGAAAAUGAUCAAGAAUGUGUAGAUGCUAAGGCAGAUGAAGUUGUAGAAAUUAAUAUUCAAUCAAAUGUUGCAGAGGAGUCUCAGCUUUGUGAUGACGAUAAACCAGAAAACGAUGAAGUAGAAACUAGAACCAUUGAAUCACAAAUCAAAACGAAUUUGAAGCCAAACGAGGAUAAUGAUGAAAAAGAAUUGAUAUCUGAAAAUGGUGUGGAGAACGAGGAUGACGUUAGUGAAACUUAUGAGGAAGCAAAAGAAGGAGAAGACUCCUCAAAGCUAGACGAUAAAGUAAUGAAAGACACUGAAACAAAAGAUAAUGUAGAUGAGACAGAGGAUAUGCCUAAGGAUUCAUUGAAUGAUCAGAAUCAAAUUGUUAAAAAUGUGGUCGAGGAGUUAAAUUUAUUAAAACCACAACAACUAAUAGACGGUGAUCACAAAGACAUAGAAAUUCCAAUAAAAGUAGAAUACAAUGAAACAAUAUCACAGCAAGAAACAAAAAGUCACGAGCCCUCUUCAGAUAGUAACGUUACAAGAAAAACAGAACAGGCAUGUACUGUGCCACUCGAUAAAGUGGAAGAGAUAGAAAUCAAACCUAUAGGUCCAGUACAGGAAAUUACCAAAAAAACACAUACUGAAAUAAUAACUACGACUUCCGAUAAGCCAGCUAGUAGACUGAGCACGCAGACUGAAUUUAAUAUAAUUGAAAAUUUCGUAACCGUGAAUCGGACGACUAAAACUUUGGACCAUGCUUAUGAAGAAAUCCCUGAUAAUAUACCAGAGAUUAAAACAUUUGCUCCUUCUGACAAUCAUAGAAUACUGAUUUCACCUCCACCUCAUAUCAAAACCUUUCAACCAGUAUUCUCCUCAGAACCGACAGAGAGACGACACAGUUUAUUACUUGAUAGGAUUAGCGUAGAACGCCAAAUGCCUUCGGAAAUAAUCCAUAAUAGCUAUAUAAGUCCAAAUCAAUUCAGCAACAACCAACAAUAUCCACAAGAACCGCAAUCAGAAGUUCUUGUAGUAAACAACGUCAAACCAAGUGCUAUAAUAAAAAAUCAGCAAUGGUACCAGAGACAUAAUGAAAAUACCAAUUGCGAAAGCAUGGUUCAUGAAACAUAUCAGAAUGAUCAAUGGCAGGAGAGUCAACCCCUUCGAAAGCCGCAUUUUAAAUGUCAGUCAUUCCCAAAACCUGUUCAGCAACCAAGACCUCAAACACAACAAUCAGUACCACCACCUCCACAAAAUGCGCCGAGAAUACAACCCUCACCACAACCAAUUUAUCAAACAAUGGCACAACAAACACCUUUCGGAACUCACCCAGUAAAUCAAGUACAAGAACCACCAAAACCAAUCUAUCAACCACAGCCUCAAUUUCAACAAACAUAUCACAAUACCUCUCAAGAAAACUUCAACAUUUCAAACAAUAAUUAUGAGCAUAAUAUUUAUCCAUCCCAUAAAUCACAAAAUACUUGGACCCCUAGUAAUUGGGACAUUCAGUCCCAACCAAACCCUCAGUCGAAUCAGUACUCCUAUUUAACAAAGGAAGUUGAAAAUAUUCAGAAUUCGACUCGCGAAUUUAAAUCAUCAUACGUGCCUCCACCGUGGGAACAAGAUCCUAAAUAUGUCGUUGACAAUGCACCUCAAACUCAUUAUCAGCCGGCUCCAACUAAACCACAAUUCUCUGUGAACCAACCAUGGAAAUCAUCCAAACCAACAAACAAGUUUACAAAAACAACCACUUCGUCGUACACGCCCCCAGCUCCUAAUCAAUCCUUUGUUAAGGCGGCUAGCACAACAGAAUCCUCAAAAACACAAGGUCGUAAAACUUAUUAUAGUGAAUAUGAACGUCGAUUCAUCUCUGUUCCGGAGUCAAAUUACCUGCCCUCUGAGACAAAAUAUCAACCACAGCCAGAUCCAUCGCCACAGUACUAUUAUGAUAAUAAUGAGCCCGCUGAAAUUGUUGAGCCCCAGUGGCGUAAGGAAUUGAGAGAGUUUAAAGAAAAGACAACAACACAUACAGAAGAAACUACUGUGAGACCACCGUGGGAAGAAGAUCCGAAAUAUUCAGCACCAAAAGACUUCACACCAACACAAACACCAAUACCAACUUGGACACAGACAUUAAAACCCAGAUCUUGGCGUGAAAGGAGUUAUGAGCCAGAGCAUAUAGCAUCGAAAGAAUGGCCAAAAACAAACUCGCUAAGACGGGGUCGCCCGCAGAGUUCCUACAUUAAAAAUCAUGUCGAUAGAGUACCUGAAAGGAUCAGGGGUGUAUCGGUGGAUAGAUAUAAUCCAAAUAGUUAUCAGCCACCGCUAACAAAAUUGCAUCCAGCGCCAGCUACUCACGUAUUAGAUCCAAUUAUACAAUCGCAGACGUAUCACAACCCCAACGUGCCUGCUUAUCACGCUAGAGCUUCAGCAGAACCAAGAGAGCAACCAAUUUCUUAUCAGCAGCCCCGAGCGAGCAGGGAACCGAAAGCAGCCCCCGUGCAGUCCAGAUCUUUUAAAUAUCUUCAAUGGAUUACUGGAACUGAAGAUUGAAGACAAGACGAAACGAAACUAUUAUAUAAGAUAAUUAUUUAAGGAAAUGUUUGUAUAAACUUGUUCUGCUCUAAUUAAUUAUUAAUAUUUCAAUUUAUACUCAUAUUCGUCAUAACCUCUAUAACAAUUAUAAGAAAUCUAGUUGUUAGUUUUAAUGUUAUACGUAACUUGAGUAAUAAAUGAAGGAUAUCUUUGUAUAAUAUUAUCAAUCUGCUAAGGCCGCUUGAAAAUAAAUAAGUAAUAUUUUAGAUUAAUUCUAAUCUUAAUGUUUGUUACCGUAUCAAAAACGUUUAAUCUGUUUUAAAUACAAUGAAACAUGGUUUUUCACUAAUUAUCUAGUCAACAGUUAAACGAUAACUAACAAUUCAUGGAUUUUUAAAUAAAACUCAUAAUAACAAAUGAAGUUGUACAAGAAUGUCUCUAUUAACAUGUAUAAAUUAAAAGCUGCGUCUGCUAGAUAUAAUAUUAAUUGUAGACAAACCAAAGAUGAUAAAAUUUAUUUGAUAAAGAUAGACUUUUGAAUUUUAAUUUACCUAUUGUAUUGAAUACUUAAGCAUUUAUUAAUAAUCUUUUAAUAUACAUUAAGGGCGUAUAGUGACCCAUGGCAUGUUUUAGAUAAAUAAAAUAUGUUUAUGCUCAUUUCGUAGAAAAUACGCUUUUACACAUUUUUUUCAUUAAUUAAAAUAUUGAUGAAAUAAAUUGUACUUUUUAUUAACUUUCAGUAAUAUUAUAUUAAGUGUUUUUAUACUUCGCAAUUGUUUGUUUAUUUAAUAUUAUAUUUUAAAAUUUAUUCAGUUAAUUUUUGAAGUUUUAUAAUUUUAAUUAAACUAUAUUAUAUA